AUUAUACAAAGUUUGUUAAGUUUAAAACUGAAUAAUGGAGAUAAAGGCUCAAAACGUUCUUUUGAAAAUAGUAUUAUUCGUGUCCUUCGGAUUUUAUCUGUGCGGUGGUACCCAAUGCGAUUCCAACUGCACUGACUGUGACACCAGUGAUUCCUCUGGAUCAUGCCGUCACUGCCAAGACGGUUUCUAUCCAAUCAGAGGUAAUUGUAUAUAUUGUACUUUUCCAAAGUGCAAAACAUGUUCUAAUGCGUCAAACUGUGACUCCUGCAAAGACGGUUUUUGGGGUGAAAAAUGUGAUGCACAAUGUGCAGAAGGGUGUGUUGAUAGAAAAUGCAAUAUUAAUAACGGUUUUUGUUCUUGUCUUACGAACUUUUACGGAAAUAAAUGCGAUGGAAUAUGUUCAGACCAUUGCGUUCCUUCCACUUGCUUUGGUGCUAGUGGUAAUUGUGUGUGUAAACAAGGAUAUUUUGGGGGAGCGUGUCGCUCACAAUGUGGCAAUUAUUGCACCGAUUGUACAAAUAUCACGUCAUGUUCAUUGUGUGAAACAGGGAAGUUUGGUAGUUCGUGUCAAAUCAAUUGUAAAUGCGAUGGCAAUGCAUGUGAUAUUGUGACCGGAAUGUGUCUCCCUUGUGGAACAGACUGUUUGUCUUGCAAUAAUAACGUGUGCACUUCAUGUGUAAGCGGAAAAUAUGGAGAUCGAUGUGAGCACACGUGCUCGUCGACUUGCUAUGAUGUGUGUGACAAUCAAGGUCAUUGUCAGUCGUGUAAGUCAGGGUAUUAUGGUCAUCAAUGUGAAUUUGGAUGCAAUUGUGAGUUUGGGUGCGAUAAAGUUCACGGCAAAUGUGAAAUUAAAGCUUGUCCAAUCAACUGCAAUGGUACCUGUGAUGAUUCUACACAGAUAUGCAAUGCAUGUAAUGAUGGUUAUCACGGACCAUAUUGCAAUAUAACGUGUCCUGGUAAAUGUGAUGAAUCACGUUGUUAUACAAAUGGUAGCUGUUUGUCCUGUGAACCGGGAUAUUACGGAAACAGUUGCAACAUGGAAUGUCAACAGAUGUGUGAAAGUAAUAAAUGUCAUCAGAAAGAUGGAUCAUGUGGGGUCUGCCCUGCAAACUGUGUAUCAUGUGAGUCCAAAUCCACUUGUACCCUUUGCAAAGAAUCAUUUUAUGGACAAAUCUGCCAUUUAUCUUGCAACGACGAGUGUGCAGAUAAAACGUGCAAUAUCAAAGGUGUAUGUUUCAAUUGUUCUUUGGAAUCUGCUUUCGGUAGUUACUGCAAUUUAACAUGCAAUCAUGAUUGUUAUUUGUCUACUUGUGAUAGAAAUACAGGUGCCUGUCAUAGCUGUAAAAAUAACUCAGUGUUUGGAAUGUUUUGUAAUGAAACAUGUAGUCCGUUUUGUCUUGGUAACGAAUGUAAACGAGAGAGUGGGGUGUGCUUAAACGGAUGCAGAGAUGGUUACUUCGGAACUAUAUGUGAUCAGGAAUGUUCUCAAGGAUGCCGAAAUAAUUCAGGAACAAUAUGUGAUCUAGAAGGUGCAUGUCUUGGAGGAUGCACUGAAGGAUACGUUGGCAAAAGAUGCAAAUCAGACACACAAACGGAUGAGUUAUUGAGUACUUCAAAUACUUCAACUAUUGCUGCAAUUGUUGGAGGCAUAGGGGGUGUUGUUGUAACUGCUGCCCUUGUAGUGACGAUCCUUUUCUUGCUCAGAAAAAGGAAAACCCGAAAACCGUACGAGGAAUACACAGACAGUGUUGGUAACGAAUAUAACACAAUCGGACCUGUUUCUGAUGGAACUCCUAAGACGAAAACUUUCCCAAAGACAUCAGAAUAUAGUCCUACUAGGUAUGACACAGCUGCAAAUAUUGUAAUGAUCGGUGAAAAUUUGGAAGCACCAGAAGAGGAGGAACUUGAAAUAGAUUUGGACGAAGAGAGGCGAACACAUAAAAGGAAACUGGCCAAGAAGGUUGAGGAGAACGUUUACUACAUCGGUAUACAGGAUAUCGAGAAACGGAAAGUGAAGGUGGAGGAACUGGCAGCUUUUGUGGCUGGAAAGACUCUUGAUUACUAUGAGGAGGAAUUUGAUAAAUUCUCUGACGGCCUCACAAGAAGCUGUGACGUUGCCAAAUUACCUCGAAACAGAGAAAAAAACAGAUACAAAGGAUUAUAUGCCUAUGAUGAUACAAGGGUGAAAGUGAUUGGUUUUGACACUGAUUACAUCAAUGCUAACUACAUCGAUGGCUUCAAGGAGAGAAAUGCGUAUAUUGCUUCGCUUGGUCCAAUGUCGAAACAGAUGGGAGACUUUGGCAUGUUCUGGAAUAUGAUUUCGCAACAGAAGGUGGAGAAGAUCGUCAUGGUUACCAACCUGAUGGAGGAAGGGAAAGAGAAAUGUGAGCAGUACUGGCCCAAUGUUGGGAUCACUAAAGACUACAGCGGGGUGAAGGUCACCUGUCAGAGCGAGGAUGCGUAUGCAGAGUUUACGAGAAGGUUGCUGCUCCUAAAUGAUGGUAAAUCUGAGAGGCAGUUGCACCACCUGCACUUCACGGCCUGGCCUGAUAGGGGAAUCCCAGAGGACGUCACAGCGCUGAUUGAGUUCCGACAAAGAGUGCUUAAUUCUCCUGCUCACCUCGACGGUCCAACGCUGGUCCAUUGCAGUGCGGGAAUCGGUCGAACAGGGACAUAUAUUGCGUUAGAUAUUCUAACAAAGGAAGGCAAUUCGAACAAGGCCGUUGAGAUUCCAGGAUGCAUCAUGACUAUGAGACAGAACAGGCCGAACAUGGUCCAGACAACGGAACAGUACGAGUUUCUACACCUUGCACUGGUUCACACCCUGUCUUUUAACUGUGAGCAGAUACCAGAAAAACAGUUUCAGGACUACAUGAUCGAGACAAGCAAAGGCGAUCUUAUCAGGCAAUUUAAGAAAAUAAUGGACACCCCCCACGUUCACACUGACGAUGAAAUCGUUGCUAAAGAACGAAACAAGUCUGAAAAAGGAAAGAACAGAAGUGUGGCAGAUAUCCCAGGCGAUGAAUACCGCCCUCGACUAUAUCUGGGAAUAAGACAUGGUGAUUCAGAUUAUGUCAAUGCUGUCUUUGCUCAUGCGUUUCAGGCGAAACGGAAGUACAUUGUCGCCCAGUCUCCGUUGCCAAAUACUGUACAGGAUUUCCUUACAUUGGCUUACCAAGAAAAUUGUUCAUGCAUUGUCAGCUUUGAGCAAAGUGACGGCAAAAAGGAUAUAGGUGAAUAUUAUCCAGCGGACAAUCAAGUGCUCAAGAAAGGUCAACUGUCUAUUUCAUGUGAGAGGGAUAAAGUCAAAAACGAGUACAGUAUUCAGAAAUGGCUAACUAUUGAGUUCAAGGGAAGUACACAGGGUGAAGGUGGGAAGAGUACACUGCGACACUUUGAGUUUACCGACUGGAACCAGACUGGAAAUGUUCCAUGCAGCCCUGCUAACUAUGUUGCAUUUUUGAGAGAUGUCAAAAUGGCAUCGUCCAAUAAGCCUGUUCUUGUCCACUGCAGGGACGGAGGUAGUAAGAGCGGGCUGUUCUGUGUUAUGGCAUUCCUCAUGGAGAAGAUGGUAGUAGAGCACGAGGUCAGUGUGGUUAAUGCAGUCAGGAAAGUCAAGGCCAGGAGACCCAACGCCGUGGCCAAUCAGGCACAGUUCGACUUCUGCCAUGAUUGUGUUCUGGAGUUCGUCCGUUCGUUCAAACCAUACUACAAUUUCAGAGGAGAAAUAUAAUGUGGAUUGGAAAACAAUACUUAAUUAUCUUGAUUUGUUAUAUUGUCGUCAAAUGUUUUGUUUGUUUUAGAUUGUAUACCAUUGUGUAAAGUUUGGGGCACUUCAAGUUUAGCGGUUCCGUCAAUAUAAGUAUUCCAAGUUCAAACAGCUUACACAAUUAUCUGGGCUAUAUUUAGAAUACAUAAUUCCAACAGUUAUUUGAGUUCACCGCUCCCAGCCAGCCCCGAUUUACACUUAAAAUAAAAUAAUUUUAUUAGCGAGGUUCCAACAGGGACAUCUAAAUGGUAUCUACUCAAAAUACUUAUGUGAACAUACAUUUAGCACAUCUAGUUAUAUCUACUCGUAUAUUAGCUACUAUUACGUACUUAUGUAAAUCAAGCCAAUUGCUUCGUGUGUACAUCUUAUGAACGUUUCGUUUAUGGAUUUUGUUAAACUGUAGUUAUGACCCUAACAGUACGGCUUUAUCUAUUCACAGAUGUGUUUUAUUUAUACACACGUUUCUGCAUUCAUCUGCCUUAUGCUUUAUGCUAAUUCUAUAAAUCUGAGCGUGUUUCUUCUUUGUGUAAACUUAAUUAAAUGUUAAAGAACUUCUGUGAAUAGGUUCCUUCGUUAAUUGGAAUAUGGACACAUGCAUCUAUAUUGCAGAGAUGAGAUUCUUUUCUGUAUUGCUCAUAACUACCACAGUUUCGAAUACUCCAAGGAGUGGUUCCGCACAAGGGACAGGCUCCGGUAUUGUAAUAAGUAAUGUUAAACCGCAUAUUAACUGCCGCUUUGUAUCGCUAUUUUCGUUUAAUUACAUAAUCAUGGCUUUGUGAUGAUCAUGCUUUG